GAUGUCGUCACUCUCACCAAGAACAACUUUGAUGAGACCAUCAACGGCAACGACUACGUUCUUGUCGAGUUUUACGCACCCUGGUGCGGCCACUGCAAGAACCUCGCUCCCCACUUCGCCAAGGCUGCCACCGCCCUCAAGGCUGAUGGUGUCGUCCUCGGUGCCGUUGAUGCCACCAUCGAGAAGGAUCUCGCCUCUCAGUUUGGUGUUCGUGGCUACCCCACUCUGAAGCUCUUCAAGAACGGCAAGGCCACCGAGUACAAGGGCGGCCGCACGGAGGACACGAUUGUCAGCUACAUCCGCAAGGCCACCGGCCCCCCGGCCAAGACCCUCGAAACGGCUGCUGAUGUGGCCAGCUUCAUUGACAGCGCCAAGGUUGUCGUCGUUGGCUACUUCACUGAGCUUGCCGGUGCCGAGUACGAUGCCUUUAUUGCUGCUGCCAGCGCUGAUGAGGACAACGCCUUUGGUGUGACCACCGACGCUGCUGCCGCCUCGGCCGCGGGUGUCUCAGGCCCUGCCAUUGUUCUGCACAAGAAGUUUGACGAGGGCAAGAACGUCUUUGACGGUGCCUACGAGGCCAGCAGCAUUGCCACCUUUGUGGCUGCCAACCGCAUGCCUCUCAUCAUUCCCUUCACCAUGGACGUCGCUGGCGAUAUCUUCCAGUCCCCCAUUGGCAAGGUGGCCUUCCUCUUCACUGAUGAUGCCGCCCCUGAGUUCUUCAACGAGAUUGCCAACGAGUACAAGGGCAAGUACAUCUUCUCAACUGCCCCCUCCUCCGAGUCGCGCCUGACCGAUUACCUUGGUGUCAAGAAGGGUGACUUCCCCGUCUUUUUCAUUGUCGAGACUGGCGGCAGCAUGAAGAAGUUCCCCAUGGAUGGUGAGGUCACGGCUGAUGCCGUCAAGGCCCACCUUUCUGCUCAUGCCUCAGGCUCCAUCAAGCCCUCUUUCAAGUCGGACCCCGUUCCUGCUUCCAACGACGGUCCCCUGUACACGGUUGUGGGCAAGAACUUUGAGGAUCUGGUUCUCGACCCCACCAAGAACGUCCUGCUCGAGGUCUAUGCUCCCUGGUGCGGCCACUGCAAGAAGCUCCAGCCCACUCUUGAUAAGCUGGCCGAGCACUACAAGGACAGCGGUGACAUUGUCAUUGCCCAGAUGGACGGUACCUCCAACGAGGUUGACGGCCUGUCCGUCCGUGGCUUCCCCACCAUCCGCUUCUACCCCAAGAACUCGCGCAGCAACGCUGGUGAGGAGUACAAGGGCGGUCGCGAGUUUGCUGACUUCACUGCCUUCCUUGACAGCAAGGCCACU